CUCUGUUGUCAUUGUCAAUGUUUUGUCAUAAUUUUAGUAAACAAAAUAUUUAAGAAAAUGGCGAACGUCCCUUUUCUUGGGAUUAAAACCCAUGCCCAAAAAGUUUGUAGCCUUUAUAAGAGGGCUUUACGCAAUUUAGAAAAUUAUUACGAUCAACGACAUGUAUAUCGUUACCAAGCCGUGCUGAUGCGAGAGCGCUUUGAUAAGAAUGCAAAGCUCCAAGACAUGUCCCUGGCUGCAAAACUGCUCCGAGAGGGUGAACAAGAGUUGUUCUUGAUCCAGCAUCCAAUUCCUAGGAAAUUCGCAACAAGUGUUGGCGGUGUAGCCCACGAACGUGUUGUCCACCCUCCCGACUGGGUCUUGGACUAUUGGCACCCAUUGGAGAAGGCCCAGUACCCGGAGUACUUCAAGAGACGCGAGCAGAGAAAGAAGGAGUUUGUCGCCAUGUGGGAGAAGCAGUAUGGAAAGCCGGACCCCAAGGAUUCACACCACUAAGCAUAAUUUAUGUAGUUUAUUGUAUAAUAUAGAGAAAUCGUUGUA